AUGGCUUCAGACAAAGUCACUACUGAGAAAGAAACCAACAUUUGGUGGAAAAUGUAUUGGCCCAAGGAAGAAGUGAAAACAAAGAAGAAGCGCCUUCGUUUCAAGGUUGGAGAUAAAGUGAAACUCACUCAUCUGAGAAAUGUAUUCAGUCGGGAAUAUGAUGAGAGGUGGACAGGAGAAAUCUUCACCAUCAGCCAACCCCUAUUACGCGGUGGACUACCUCUGUAUCGAGUGAAGGACUACAAUGGUGAUGAAAUUCUGGGAACCUUUCACCAGCCUGAACUCCAAAAGAUUGAUGUGAAAGAAAACGAUCUCUGGAAAGUUGAGAAGAUUCUAAAGACGAGAGGACGUGGUGCUAACAAAGAACACUAUGUCAAGUGGUUGAACUGGCCAAAGAAAUUUAAUUCUUGGGUGAAGACAUCUGACGUUGAACACUUGUAA